AUGUGCACAGCAUGUGCCGGUCAUAAAGCUAAAUACGCAAACAACAAAUUUGAUUACAGUUUUUCAAAUAUAAAAUCAUUUUCCAUCCCCAAAAUAUCUGUGCGGACAAGUCCAUUACUAAUUUCUACUUGCAUGCCUGUUGGACGUCAUAGCAUAGAAGCCGAGAAAUUUCCAACUGAAAAUCAUAUCGAAACAAAUUUAAAUAAUGUAAAAAAAACCGUAUCUCGUUGCACAGUUCACAAAAAUAAUGCUGUUGGCAAUGAUGACAAAAUGUUUUCUGAAAAAUGUGAAGAAAAUUCAAAUCCUGUAAUUAUCAAUAAACUAGCAAAUGACGAUCAAUUAAAAAAUUAUAUGAACAGCAAUAAUAUAAAAAAAAUACUUAAUUCUAACAUACACAACAAUAAAGUUGUGGCAACAAAUUUACUUGAGAAAAACACAAAGAAAAGUAAAAGCCAAAAACGUUAUUUAAAAAAACAAAUGAAAAAAGCUAAGACUGAACAUAGAAAUAUUUCUAAUUUUAAAGAUAGAACAAAAGUUAUAAAGGGAAAACGAAAAAAAACAAAAUCAAGGAAAAGAUUAUCCGAAAGAGUUUUAUCAAAAUCUUCAUCAAAACAUUUACAAAAAUUAAAAAUGAAUAAUGAUCAAAAGGGUUCCGACAAAGAAAAACGGACAUAUGGUCAUUUAGUCAAUCACGUUGGCUCAAUAAGUGAUUUGUUAUCAAAAGAUUUUCUUCAAAUCCACAAACUGCUCAACGAAAUUGAAAAUAAACGCGAAUUUAAACAAGUUAAGGUCACACAAAUGCUUUCUCACGAUCCAGGAAGAAUGUUAUUAAAAGACAUGGAUGAUAUUGAUUCUCUGCUUGAUGACAUGUACGAUUUCAGGGAUCAUAAAUGUGCUGUAUUAAAUAAAAUCAUGACAAUGCAGGCACGAAAGGAUAAAGAGAUGGCAAAACUGCAAACUGAUUGGAACAAGGCGGCCAACAAUAACAGAAAUCAACACAACGACAAAGAUAAUUUUAGUCAAAUUAAUAACAAUAAUAUUCUAGAUGAAGUGGAGUGGGAAUGUAGAAAAAACGCUGAGGAGCUUAAUCAAAGAAAAAUAAAAUAA